AUGAACGGCGGCCCGUUUUUCAGAAACUACUCCAUUCAAAAACCAUCACGAUCUGUGCCAGUCCAGCAAACACAACACAGAUCAUCGCCGAAGGUGGUUUCUGUGCCAGUUCACUUCAUUUCAUCUGAGCAACCACGAACUACAUUAUCGAUGUUAAAGGAUUCGGCGGCGCUUAAGAUCCAAAAAGUGGUCAGAGGGUUUAUUGUGAGAAAGAGCGUGAAGAAGAUCGCUUCAAUCAGAAAUGAGGUUAGUGAAAUCGAACGGAGGAUUAACGAUAUCGAAGUUAUUGAUUUGAUUCGUAGAGAUGCAAAGGAGCGGUUGAGGGUGAACGAAACCCUAAUGUCUUUGCUUUUCAAAUUGGAUUCGAUUCGUGGUGUUGAUUGUGGCGUUAGGCUUUUGAGGAAAGCGGUUACCAGUAAGGCAAUCGCCCUGCAGGAGAAGGUGGACUCGAUUGCGCUGGCUGAUCAACAAAGCCUAGAUUCACUUAACGACUCUGGCGAAGUUGAUAUUGACAACGACUGUAGAAGUAGCUCCGAACAGAUCACAGAAACCUCCGGUGACGCUGGCAAUUCGCAAUCCGUAGAGGAUGAUGUGGUAAAGGAGAUGGUUGAGAAUUACAAUCCUGUGGAAAUUACAGCAGAUUUGACUGAAAUCGGGGAAGCGGAUCAUACAUCCAUUGCAGGUUCAAUGGAAGUAGAGAAAGUCCAUAAGGAAGGCGACGGAGGAAAUGAUGAUAAGGGGAAGAGGGAGGUCGUGGAGAAGUUGAUGGCUGAUAAUGAGCAGAUGAUGAAACUCAUGAUACAGAUUUCCGAGAGGAACGAAAUGCAGACCCGGAUGAUCAACUCGUUAAGUCGAAGGGUGGAGCAGUUGGAGGAGGCAUUUAGGACUGACAAAGAUAAGCUGAGGAGGAAGAAGAAGAAAACACGUGCUGCUUUAAGGAGGCUGGAUAAAGAUAAUUUCUCCAUUUGA